CUCACCUCUGGUGUCGGGUGGAGUGAAUUCUACUUCGUACACACAGGAUUGACAGGCCUGGACUGUGCCUCCCUUCCCUUCUGCAUUUUGUCCCAAAUGGUGUUUGAGCAUUUAGUGCAGGACACACAGAGUAGAGAUGAAUUUCCUAAGAUUGCAACUCCUUUCCUGGCAUCCAGACUCUAUGACCAUCUGAGAAAGACCAUGCAGGUCACGGUCAAGGCCAGGCCCGAAGGGGCCCUGGGAUCCUCACUAGAGCUCAGCCCAGAAGGCCCUUGCCCAGAACAGUGCCUUGGGGCUCCUGAGUCUCAUGACCCUGGGGACUCUGUGCCAGGGUGGGGUAGGGCUCCUGGGCAGGGCUGACAGGGAGCAAUGAUUUCCCAGCUGCCCGAGUCCUGAGCCUCUGAGCUGGUCACCAGCCAGCGCUCGGUCUCCAGAUCUACAUCUGGAGAGAGGCAUGGGCAGCACCGACAUAAAAGGCUCCAGUCCAUUAGCCAACUGCUGUGGGGGACUUAGGAGAUUCCAGCGGAGGGUCAGCACCCCCAGGGAGGAACAGAGCAGAGAGAUGCUCUUGACGGCUCUUCCUCUCCCAAGAAGGAGGCCCAGGGAGGGAGCCUUGUCUUGUGGAGGCAAGAGUAAGAGAGGCCAUUUGAUUGGCCGGCCGCGAUAUACCAUUUUAGGGCCAGGUAUUUAAGGAUGGUUAAAGGUUACUUCACAGGCAUGGCAGGUGGAGAUCAUUUACCAUUAUUCCUGUUGUAUUAGGGGGAAACUGAGGCCCAGGGAGGUAUAGUCACUGACUCAGGGUCACACAGGCUGAUGGGCUGCUGGGAGCACAGCCCUGUCCUCUCCUCCAUCAGAGGGAAGGGUCCUGGUGUGGGCAGUGAGAGCAAAUAGAGAGGCUCAUUCUGUGUUUACUCUACAACUAAUGACCCCCAGCAGCAACCUGAGUCAGCAUGCCCCGGCCGCCCCUCAGGUGGCCCAUCCUCACCUCCUUGUGCUGGACUUGAAAUCACUGAGUGUUUCCUGGUGUGUUGGUGUCCCUCCCACUGGGGUGGAAUUCCCUUCUCCUUCUGACUCUGCACCUGAAACCAGCACAGGGCCUUGCCUCGUCUAUAACUCUGGCACUCGCCUCAAUAAGUGCACAGUCAAAACUAUCACAGUCUCUGAGCCAGUGUCCCAGCCCUCCAUCAACAUCAGCAACACCACAGCCACAGAACAUAAGGACUCUGUGGUCCUGACCUGCUCCACAAAUAACAAAAAGGUCUCCAUCCGGUGGUUCUUCAAUGGCCGGAGUGUAAACCUCACAAAGAGGAUGAAGCUGUCCCAGGACAACAGGGCCCUCACCAUAAGCCUCGUCAGGGUGGAGGAUGCCGGGAAUUAUCAGUGUGAGGUCUCCAACCGGGCCAGUUCCAACAGAAGUGACCCCAUCAGGCUGGCUGUGAGCUAUGGAAGAAGCCCCACGGGCCUCCCUGUGGGGACCAGUGUUGGCAUUGCAAUUGGGGUCUUGGUCGGGGGGGCACUCGUGGCUGCCCUGGGGUAUCUCCUGCUCCGGGUGAAGACGGGAAGGGCCAGUGGCCAACAUAAUCACAGAGAGAUGGGGCACCCAGCCUGCACCCCUGGUCAUGGUCCAGUCAGCAGCUCCACAUCCCCGAACGCCCUACCCAGCCCGGGGACAGCCAUUCCCAUCUACCAGGAGUUACAACACCCUGACAGGAACAUUUACUGCCAGAUCAACCACAAAGGACAAGUGUCUUCUUAGUUUCCCCUUCCCCUGGGAGCUACUCCUUCCAGGGGCCUUCCUGAGACCCCAGACCCUGGGUGGGGUCAGGUGCCGCCGCCUGAGCCAGAGAACCAGCUCUGAGCCCAGAGGAUAUUCAGGGACAUGGACCCAGGGUCCGGGCCUUCCUGAUUUCUGGAAGCCCUGACAGGCUGCCACAAACCCCGGAUGGGCCAGGACAAAGGCCCCCAUGUCCCAGGAAGUGGGGUUUCCCAGGGAAAGUGUCCUGGGCCCUGACCCACCAGGGACAACAUGAGGGGAUCUGAUUAAACAGGACUCUUCCCCCUCCUUGGCCCUUUUUUGGUGAAUGGUGAUUUCUCUGAGCAGACAUUCACCUGAACCUCUGGGGCCCUUCUCUCCUGGGUCACACAGGGAAAUGUUCCCUCUGAGUUCACCAAGCCCCCACCUUAGUCCCCUGAGAUAGAGGAGGGGUGAGGGGUGUUGACAUGCUGGGACCACGUUAACUAGAAAAGGAGAGAUCACCAGAGCUGUGGCCAAACUAUGACAGCACUCAGCGGUCCUCACCCUGUUCAGGGACCAAGGCUGGAGACACCUCCAGUGUUUGCAAAUGUGCACGGGGUUCUCAGGAGCACAGAACAUGGGGCCUCUGAUGACCACAGGAGGAUGAGCUUGGAAGGAGCAGCUAUAGUCAGGCACACAUCCCAGGUGGGACCCCUUCAUAGCCUUUUGGUGUCCUGAGCCCUUUGGUCCUCCUCACCCAUCCCCAGUGGCCCUGACUGGUGUCCUUCACCAAUAAACUUGCCCUGUCCCCAAAUCCAGGAUCCAGGGCACUGAGA